AUGCCAACUACUCCAAAAGUACUAUCAAAUGAUGACGAUAUCAAUAAAGAAGUUCAUAUGCUAAUAUGUGGUAGUCCUAAAGUAGGAAAAUCGACCUUAAUCAAUGCUCUCUGUGGUUGUCCCGUAGCCAAAGUGAAAACCAUUGGUCUCGAUCAAUGUACGCAAAAAACAACCUAUUAUCAAUUGGAUAACAUUUACUUUUGGGAUACGCCUGGUAUUCAAGACUGGUCUAACAUAGACAUAGAUUCAUAUCUCAAUUCAUCUAAACGAUGUCAAACACCAUUAUGUAUGUUCUAUUGUGCUUCACCCGGUUCAUUUACUAAACUGAAACCACUUGAAAUCCUACUUGAUGAAUGUAUUUAUCAACGACAUAUUUUUUGUGUACUAAUAGUGACAAACAUGUUUGCUCAUAUUGAUCGACAUGCGAUUCUCAACGAAUUCAAAACUCUUUUAAGCAAAUAUGUUAAUCACACUCAACAAAUACGAGAAGAACACGGUAUAUAUUAUUAUGGACAAGUUGGACUAUGCACUAUGGUUAAUAGUCGAGAAUUUGUUGAUGAAGAUACAAAUCGACGACAUUCACAGCACGGUAUAAAUGAGUUAGUUAUGGCUUUAACAAAGUCGUUCAGUAGAACCCGUCAACUAGAUGGUUGGUUACGAGCCAUCGAGAACAAUACACAAUUUUGGUUGGAAAAACAAGAAGAAAUUUUUAGACUCACUAAAUAUUCAGAUGAUAUAUGCUUGUCUGAAAUCGUUCAGAACAUCUGA